AUGAAUCAAUCCAUCUCAGUCAAUGAUGAGAACGAUUCAGAAGAAGGAGAAGAAAGGUUAAGUAUAAUCACACCCAUUGGAUACAAUACUUCAACAUGCGGUUAUUGUUCCGAACCUGGAAGUGGAAAAGUGAAUAGGAAGAAAUCCAGUAAAUCUUACGGAUUAUGGGCACACCAUUUAACUCCAGAAUCCUAUCAAUCUAUGCUUGAUCGUGGCUGGAGAAGGUCAGGUCAAUAUAUUUAUCGACCUGAUUGUGGAAAAGACGGUACAUGCUGUGCUCAAUUAGCUAUUCGCUUAGAUGUGAAAUCUUUCAAGCCAAACAAAGAACAAAGACAAGCAUUCAAUUCAAUUCAAAACUUCAUACGAUCAUCAAACAGUCGUCAUAAUUUGUAUGAUCGUAAUGAUUCAAUCACAAUCUCAAAUGCACUGCGAAAAGGAAAAUAUACUCGAAAUUGGGAUGUGGAAGAUGAAUGGAAUCGGAUAGAAUGGCAAAAUGAUCAACAAGAUCAUCUUUUAUUUCGGGCAAACGUGCAAAAAGAUCUCUCAGAAAGAAAAAAAUUGCUCGCUCAAAUCGAUCCUCCUUUACCGCCACAAAGAAAGCGCUUGCAAGUUACUCUACAUCAUGCCAAAUCAUCAAAUGAGAAAUAUCAACUUUUUCGCAAAUAUCAAGCAAAAGUACACAAAGAACAAGAAGACGAAAUUUCUGAUCAAGAUGGAUUUGAGAGAUUUUUAUGUCAUUCUCCAUUUUUGCCUACAAUGAAAGGCACACAACAAUGUCAAUCACCAAUUCCAGGAGAAAAGGUUGACAUGUAUUCAAAAAGUCCGAUCCAUUUUGAUCUUUAUCAUAUGGAAUGGCGCUUGGAUGAUCGAUUGAUUGCAGUGGGCGUUUUGGAUAUUCUACCUCGCUGCAUAAGCAGCGUUUACUUAUUCUACGAUCCUGAUGAUAGCGGCUUACAAUUGGGAAAAGUUAGCGCUCUUCGAGAGAUAGCAUUAGUACGUCAAAUUCAGAGGAAAGAAGGAAUGGGCUCCGUUGGCCAUUACAGUAUGGGCUUAUAUGUUCAUUCAUGUGCAAAGAUGCGGUACAAGGCUAAAUAUCAACCUUCAGAGAUUCUGGAUCCGGAAUGCUGUAAAUGGAUACGAUUCGAACAAAUUGCUAAACAAUUGGACAAAGGCGUUCGAUUCGGAUUCUCAAGUCAGGCCGGUUCUGCGAUCACAGAAGUACAGUCAGGCGAUAAGAAUGAAAAGGAGAUCUUUGAAGAUGAAAGCGAGGAUGAAAAAGAGAUCCCACGUCCACUACCGCCUGGAAUUGAAGAUCCUACAACGAUUCCAUUUAAGGACUUAGUCCAAUGCGCAUUUUUACGAGGAGGAAAGGUCUAUCCAUUGGCGGUGAGUUCAAGUACCUCAUUGUGGCUGCAUCAUCUGUUAUUCAUCGUGAUCAAUCUGACCUUAGUGUUGAAAUCUUUUCAGCAUUCAAUAACCUCCCUUUCACGAUCGAACGCGAUAAAAUGUUUGGAUUCCUUAGGAGCACUAGGACCGAUUCGAAAUCAAUUCUGCCUUGUACUAUAG